GGUUAUUUUCUGCCUUCCGACCCUUUCCUGAAAGGACCGGCGAACAUCGUACAUUUAUGUUCUUUAACCGAGCCUAUCACCAGUCAAUCGCAGUCCUCCGCCAAUUCGCUUCUCCCUAUCCUCGAAUCUCCGCAUUCCCCCGACCUCUAACUUCAGUACUCGGAUCCUCCUUCAGACGCACGAUGGCUUCCGCAAUGGCAAAGCGCCUUGAGGGCAAGACAAUCGUCAUCACUGGCGCCUCGUCAGGCAUUGGCCGAAGCACAGCCAGGGAAUUCGCGCGGACAGCUCCAAAGGACCUUAAGCUUAUUGUGACAGCAAGGCGCAUCGACGCCCUCGAGGAGCUGGCAAAGGAGAUUAAAGAGGAAGUCGGCGAGGGUGUCAAGACCCUGCCCGUGAAGCUCGAUGUCAGUAACCCGGAGGAGGUCAAGAACUUUGUCCCAUCUCUCCCUGCCGAGUUCCAGGAUAUUGACAUCCUUGUCAACAAUGCUGGUCUCGUCAAAGGCGUCGCUCAAGCCCCCAACAUCGACCCUGAAGAUAUCAACAUCAUGUUCGCAACAAACGUCACUGGAUUGAUCAACCUCACCCAAGCUGUCCUGCCUAUUUUCAAGAAGCGUAGCGAUGGCGGCCGUGGAGACAUCAUCAAUAUUGGAAGCAUCGCUGGUCGUGAGCCCUACCCCGGCGGUAGCAUCUACUGCUCUACCAAGGCUGCGGUCAAGUCAUUCACCGAAGCCCUGAGGAAAGAGCUCAUCUCCACGCGCAUCCGCGUCAUUGAGAUCGACCCCGGUCAAGUCGAGACUGAGUUCUCUAUUGUUCGGUUCUACGGAGACAAGAGCAAGGCCAAUGCCGUCUAUGCUAACUGCGAGCCACUUACACCGGACGAUAUCGCCGAGGUCAUCGUCUUCGCCGCUGGUCGGAGGGAGAACGUUGUCAUUGCUGAUACUUUGAUCUUCCCCAGCCACCAGGCGUCUCCCGGUCAUCUGUACAAGAAGCCUCAAUAAACAGUUUCGCACCUGUUUUUAGAUCCUAUAAAUAGUAACUUGGGCAUAUAGACAAAGAAAUAGAUGUCUUAAUGCCAUAUAUACCA